AUGGUAAUGAUGGAAGGAGUUACCCCACCCCCAACAGCAAAAGUAAUACCAUUUUCAUUAAAAAAAAAGAAGCCUGCUGCCUUAGUACCAACUACGGCAACUGUGGCAACAACAACAACAACAACAACAACAAAUUCAACUACGAAUCAAAAUUCAAAUGAUAAUACACCAGUUGUAAUCGAAACAAAUAAUAAUAAUAAUAAUAAUAAUAAUAAUAAUAAUAAUAUUAAUAAUACAACAGAAACUAUAGCAACAACCACAGAAACAACAGAAACAACAGCAACAAUAGAAAAUGAUUCACCGACAAUUUCAUCAGAGAAAAUUAAAACAUCAACUAUGGAACCAAUAAAUCCUGCAUCAAUAAUUUCUAAUAAUAAUAAUAAUAAUAAUAAUAAUAAUAAUAAUAAUAAUAAUAAUAAUAAUAAUAAUAAUAAUAAUAAUGAUAAUGAUAAUAAUAAUGAUACAAUAAUGAAAAAUAUUGAAGACGAGGAAGAGGAUUUAUAUACAGAUAUUACAUUUGUUAGUGGACCUUCUACGAAUGUCGAGGCUGAAGAUGAACAAGAGGAAGUAGAAAAACAACCACAACAAACACAACCACAACAACAACAACAACAAAGAUUGGAUAUAAAUAAAAAAACCGAUACGAAUAUAAAUGGUGUUAUACAAAUGGAUACAGAUUCGAAAUCAUUGUCGUCAUCAUCAUCAUCAUCAUCUAGAUAUCAAAAAACACCAAAAAAGAAUAAUAAUAAUAAUAAUAAUAAUAAUAAUUCAAUAAAUAAUAAAGCGAACAAUGAAGCAUUUUUUGAUAAAGAUUCAUUUAAAAUAAAACUACAGGUUAUUAAUCCAGAAUCAUAUUCAGAGGAGGAAAUUCAAGAUAUUAAUUUAAAUUCAGUUACAUCUGAAGUUUAUAUGAAUCCAACAACGUUAGGUGAUAAAUUACAGCAGCAUCAACAACAGCAACAUCAAAAACAACAACAAAAACAAAAAAAUAAAAAUACCACCACCUCCAAUAAUAAUAAUAAAAAUAAAAAUAAUAAUAAAAAUCAUCAUGAUCAUGCUGGUAGUAAAGAUCAAAUUAAUUCAUUAGAGGAUGAAAAGAGGUAUACACAAAGAUAUAGAUAUUUAAAGAGUAAUGAAGAGAUAUUAAAUAAACCAGUUUUUAAAGAGAUUGAAGAGAGUCCAAUGGCUCCAUAUAAUAAGCCGUCUGGGUAUAUCAUUUACCAAGAGAAAUCAAGUGAAAUGUUACAUGAUGAGGUUGAAUAUGAUAUGGAUAGUGAGGAUGAAAAAUGGUUAGAAGAAUUUAAUAAAACUACCAAUAAUAAUUAUUCUGAAGAUAUUUUUGAAUAUGUUAUUGAUCGUUUAGAGAAAGAAACUUUUAAAUAUAAACAAGAGAUUGGAAGUGAUAUGUUUCCACAUUUUAGUUCAGUUGAAGCAGAUGAUGUUUGUGGUGUUUGUUUUGAUGGUACAUCUGAUGAUACAAAUCAAAUUGUAUAUUGUGAUGGUUGUGAUAUAGCAGUGCACCAAGAUUGUUAUGGUAUACUAUUGAUCCCCGAAGGUCAUUGGUUUUGUCAAAAAUGUGAAUCACCAGAUAAAGAUUCAAUUUCAUGUGUUUUAUGUUUUAAAAAGAAUGGUUCUUUCAAACAAACUAUCGAUGGUGAAUGGGUUCAUUUGGUUUGUGCCUAUAAUAUACCAGAACUAUCUCAAAUUAUAAAAAAAGGUAGUGGUAGAGAAAAACUUGGUCCCCCAGGACUACUUAGUAAUAUUUUAAAGAAAAGAAAGAAAUUAAAAUGUAUUAUAUGUAAAAAAAUAGGUGGUGCUUGCAUUCAGUGUCGUGAAAGACAUUGUUCUGUGGCAUUUCACCCUUAUUGUAUAAAAAUGAAUCAAAAAUCAAUGAUUGAUGAAAACUUAAAUCCUCAUAUAAUAUUUUGUAAAAAACAUUUUUUAAGAAAUAAUAAUAUAAAUGGAAAUGUUAAAGAUAUUUUAGAUGAUGAUGGUAGUAGUAGUGAUGGUAGUGAAAAAGAAAAUAGUAGUGACGAUGAUGAUUAUACAGAUAGUAGUGAUGAACAUGAUAUAUCUGGUGAUGAUGAUAAUGAUGAUGAUGAUAAUGAUGACGAUAGUUUCGAGGUAAUUAAAACGCCCUCUAAAAAAUCUCAUAUUUCAAAUAAAUCUUCAAAAUCUACACCAUCUAAAUCUAAUACGAAUUUAAAAUCAAAACCACAACCACCAAAACCAAAGUUAAAAUCAAAAUCAAAAUCUACACCAUCUAAAAAAAAGGCAAAUCAUAAAAAGAAAAAAAAAAAAAUUGAUUCAACUGAUGAAGAUGAAGAUAGCAAUAAUGAAAAAGAGGAUGAGAAUGAAGAAGAUGAAGAUGAAGAAGAUAGCGAAGAAGAAGAAGAAGAGGAAGAGGAAGAGAAAGAAGAAAAAGAAAAAAUAAAUAAUAAAAAUAAAAAGAGAAAUAAUAAAAAUAAUAAAAAUAAUAAUAUUAUUAUUGAUGGUAGAAAAAAGAAGAAAUUAAAAACAACAGAUAGUAAUAAUAAUAAAGUGGCUACUGUCACAGCAAAAGAUACAACAACUACAACAACUACAACUACAACAACAACAACUACUACAUCAACAACUACUACAGGUAUUACAGCAAAGAAAGUAGGUUUAAUAUCAUCAUCAAGAGCAGCAAAAGUAAUUAGAAAAGUUCCAAGUACAUUUGUUCAUGCAGUUUAUGAUUAUUGGGUAAAGAAAAGGAUAUCAAGAAGUGGUUUAGCAUUAAUUAAAAGAUUCCAACCAUCGAUUCUAUUUAGUUUGAGAUCAACAUUACAUGCAAAAGAUCCAGGUAUUAAUUCAGUUUCAGAUUAUAAUAAAAUGUUAUCAAUUCGUGAAGAUUUGGAAAGAACUAGAACCAUCUUGGAGUUGGUAAAGAAAAGAGAGAAACAAAAGAGAGAACUAAUUAUAAAUAUACGUAAUGAAAUCGAGUCUACAAUACUUAAUGAUUAUUACUUUCUUAGAAUGGUUUUAAAGAGUUUGGAAUCCAUUGAACAAUUAAGACCUUUCUAUGUACCAGUUUUGGAAGAAGAAGCACCUUCUUACUUUUUAAUCAUUAAACAACCAAUGUCAUUUCAACAAAUUAAACAAUCUCUAAACACUUAUGCCUACGAGAAUACUGAUGACUUUUGGAAAGAUAUAACUUUGAUCUAUACAAACGCUCAAUUAUUUAAUUGUUCAAAAACUUCAGUUUAUAAAGCCUCUCGUUUACUUCAAGAGAUUGCUAAUAAACUAGAAUCUGAUUGUCCUCCAAAAGUAACCCCUGAAGAAUUGGAUGACUUUAUAAAGAAUAUUAAAUAUCCUUCAAAGAAACUUUUAACAACUAAUCACAAAAAAUUUUCAACACCAUUAAAAUCAGUAUCAUCAUCAGUAUCAUCAUCAUCAUCAUCAUCAAAUACAACAAAUACACAGUCAACACCAAUAAAAACUACUCCAACUGAAACACCAAAACCAACAAGUAGAACAAGAUCAAUGGUAGCUCAAGAACAAGAACAAGAACAAGGAAAAGGAAAGGAAAAAGAACAAGAAAAAGAAAAAGAACAAGGAAAAGGAAAAGGAAAGGAAAAGGAAAAAGAAAAAGAAAAAGAAAAAGAAAAAGAAAAAGAAAAAGAAAAAGAAAAGGAAAAAGAAAAGGAAAAAGAAAAGGAAAAAGAAAAGGAAAAAGAAAAGGAAAAUGAAGAACAAGUAAUACCAAAGAAACGAAGAGGUUGUCCAUCACAACCUGCACCUCGAACAAGACAAUCAGAUUCAAAAUUGGCUUCAAUCGAACCAACAGAAGAUCAACGACUCUCAAAAACACCUCCAACCUCAAAAGCCACAUCAUCAAAAACUACUCAACCUAUAACACCAAAAACUCCACAACCUACAACACCAAAAACUCCACAACCUGCAACACCAAAAACUCCACAACCUCCAAGAACUACACCAACAUCGUCUUCAAAAACUCCUAAUAUUACCUCUCCAAUGUCAGCAUCUAAAAUAAUUACAAGAUCUUCCACACCAUCAAAAACUACCCUCCAAAAAAAAGAAAUCCCACCACAAAAGAAAAUUACUGCAAAACAAACUCCUCAAAGAAUAAUCAAACCAACUCUAAAAUCUCAACAAGUAAUACCAGCAACAACCUCAACAAUAUCAAGAACAAGAAGAAAUUUACAAAAACAACUUGAAGAAACAUUGGAGAAUGACCAAGAUCAAAAGGAAUUGGUUGAGGAAAAUGAAAAUGAAAAUGAAAAUGAAAAUGAAAAUGAAAAUGAAAAUGAAAAUGAAAAUGAAAAUGAAAAUGAAAAUGAAAAUGAAAAUGAAGAGGAAGAGAUUGAAGAACAGGAAAUGAAACAAAAAGAGGAGAAAGAAGAAGAGGAAGAAGAUGAUGAAGGAGAAGAACAAAAAGGAAUUAUUCAAAAAGGUGAUGAAAUAGAUACAGAUGUUGAAGAUUAUGGAGUAAAGAGAAAAAAGAAAUCAUUAUCACCAUUGAAACUAACCAUUCCAAAUACAAAUCAGCUAAUGUUAUUGGAUACAAUGAAUACCCAGACUGAAAAAAAAAGUAGAAGUAAAUCUAUCCUCGAUCAAACUACUAAAGAUCUUUUCGUUGUUCCUCAAAUCAUUAAAAGGGUUGCAAUUAUGUCACAACUCAAGCAUAUACCUUUAGAAAUAAAUUUCUCAAAAGAAAUCACUGAUGAUCUUAGAGAAUUACUCUCAAUAACUCAAGAAAUUCAGUCGAUUGAAAAAGGUGGUUUCCUUUCUCAUGCCAAUAGAGCCGUCUCUAGCAAAGAAGGUUUAAAAUUCAUUGAACAUAUUGAUCUACGUAUUUUCAGAGGUACCUAUGAUCAUGACAAAAAAUUAUUUUGGUACCAUCUUGAAAAAAUCGCUCAACGUAUCCCCCCUCAAUUUUCAAAAUCAAAAAAACUAACAUUGGAAAAAAUUUCUGAACUAAAAGAAAAAUAUGAACAAAACCAUCCAGAAAUUCUUGAUGAAGAAAAUAAUGAAGAAGAAAACGAUGAAUAA